CUUGCCCGGUUCCUCUCCACUUCCUUUAGUUUCGCUCCAUGGACAGAUCGACAAACCUGGACAUCGUGGAGCUCAAGGUGUGAAGCUGACUCAGGGAUAUUUGAAAUAGAGGAGCCAAAGCAGGGAUGAGCACAAUAUGGCGUGACUUCAAGUUCCAUCAACAUCUCGGGGAUGACACGAGAACAAUACAUACUGGCAACACAACAGAAUAACCUACCGAGGGCUGAGAAUGCACAGCUUUACCCAGUGGGCAUCUAUGGAUGGCGAAAGAGGUGCUUAUACUUCUUUGUCCUUCUGCUGUUGGUCACCAUGAUAGUUAACUUAGCCAUGACAAUAUGGAUACUGAAAGUCAUGAAUUUCACAGUGGAUGGUAUGGGAAAUCUGAGAGUCACCAAGAAGGGAAUCCGACUUGAAGGUAUAUCUGAGUUUCUACUUCCAUUGUAUGUGAAAGAAAUUCAUUCCCGAAAGGAUAGUCCACUGGUCUUGCAGUCUGACAGGAAUGUAACUGUGAAUGCAAGAAAUCACAUGGGGCAGUUAACUGGACAGCUGACAGUAGGAGCUGAUGCUGUGGAAGCUCAGUGUAAGAGAUUUGAAGUGAGAGCGAGUGAAGAUGGCAGGGUGCUGUUUUCGGCAGAUGAAGAUGAGAUUACCAUUGGGGCCGAAAAGCUGAAAGUUACAGGUACUGAAGGAGCAGUAUUCGGGCACUCUGUGGAGACACCUCACAUCAGAGCAGAGCCUUCCCAAGACCUCAGGCUUGAAUCACCAACCAGGUCCUUGAUCAUGGGAGCCCCUCGAGGGGUCCAGGUGAGUGCGGCUGCAGGCGACUUCAGGGCCACCUGCAGGAAGGAGCUCCAUUUGCAGUCUACUGAGGGGGAGAUAUUUUUGAAUGCGGAUACAAUCCGGCUGGGAAAUCUACCGACCGGCUCUUUUGCAUCUUCAUCACCCAGUUCCUCAAAUUCCCGACAGACAGUGUACGAACUGUGUGUCUGUCCCAGUGGUAAACUUUACCUUUCUCCAGCAGGAGUAGGUUCCACUUGUCAGUCCAGUAGCACCAUCUGCCUAUGGAGCUGAAGUGACUGAAUCCUCCUCACACCAGAAUAGCCUUCUGUUCCUGUCCGUCUGCUUCAGUUCUGCUCGGUUUCCCUUGUGAUCGGUCCGGAGCUUCUUCAAAUGGUCCAUAGAGCAACUUCUUCCCGUGUAAGCAGGGACGGCCGCCCCCUUCUCUGGUGACUCACUGCCCUGCUCAACACAGAGUGAGUGGCGGAACGGUAGAAACAUCUUCAGCAGGAAACCUGGAUCAUAACUUUUGCUCAAAGGGAGAAUAACAUAGGUGCCUUUGCUACGUGAAGUGAAGCACACAGUUUUAGGUUUUUGCAGGACCUGGAUGUGAACUGCACAUGUAUACAUUACAUAGAUGAAAUUCCCAGUAUCAAAUGGCAAGAUGAAAUGGUUAGCCCUGUAAGAAAACUAAUUCUACAGUCUGAAAGCACAAUUUUCCAUUCAUCUUUUUGGAUGUAAACUUUUAUCCCCGAAUUUUAAAAUUUUAAAGCAUUAUGUAAUGCUUGCUUUACUAAAUAUCAAAUUCAAUACAUAGUUUUUAACAAAACAAAGCAAAACAAGACAGAAUCCCACCCUGAGUUUUAUUUGUUUCUUUAAAUUCUAUGUGUUGUUACUCUUUGUCUACUAACUCUAGAAUUUUGUACGUUAGAUAAUUUUGAAAGCACUCAGCAAUAUAAUCUUUACAGAAUUAACAAAACGCCAUUAUACUGUCAUUUGUUGGAUCUGAAUGGCCUUAUAUAGUAUUUACUUGGCUAUUGCAUGUGACGUAUUUGCUUUUAACAAAACAUCUAAUUUAUUACAAUAUAAGAUAGGAUUAAGAGGGACAUACGGAUGGUGUGGAAUCCAUAGAUUUUUUUGUUUUUAAUUCACAGGCUAUCCUUUACACCUAGGUUCUAAGAGUGCAAUUUUUGUUUGCUCCACUCACUUUAUACUUGACUCUGCUAAAAUUCAAACAUCCUCUAAAUAAAUAAAUGCUAAUGUGAUGCCUAAUGCUCAGAAUGGAUUCACUUUCCAUUGGAAUAUCAUCUUCAGAAUUAUAUCUAUGUAUUUUUAUUAGAGGUUAAGAUUUAAGGAUGGUAGAAAUUAAAUAAAAAAAUCCCUGCUUAAACAGUAAAAACACAACUGUUAACAAACACUGAAAAUGUAUUCACUCCAUUAGAUUGCUAUUUAAAGGAAUUUAGUCACACUUACUUUCAGCUCUUAACAUUUAGUUACUUUUAUUAGACUGUUAAGCUACUCCAACAUUAGAUAUCGCCAUUCCUUGCAUUCCCCACUGCUUAUUUUUGUACAUUAGCUCCUAAUAAAUAACUGCAGAAUACUGUAGGUUCAUUUAUCACAAUGCUCCUUAACUUGAAUUCUUGAAACUUACAGAAUCCAAGAAUGUAAAAUUCAAUUUAAUAUUUCCUAUUAUGGGAAGAUGACUUGGUUGCACUAAGGUGAGUCCUUAAUUUUCACAUGUCAGUCAGUCUUUUUCCCCCAUGCACACCAUUAAGGUGUAUGGAGGCUUCAUUUUGGGGGUCCAUGACCAUAGAACCUUUGGUGUUCAGACCCCUAUAGCACAGGGGGAAGUGGGAAAUUGCAACUUGUUGAAGUAAGUUGCUUAGUGAAAGUAGGAAAAUUGGGUAACGCAGCAACAAAUGAGCCAAUGGCUAGAAUUAUCUUGUUUAGGUAACUUAAUAUAUCGAAUACUUGGAAAAGCUCCAUUUCACUAAAUGCAUUCUGUAUUCAGCAGAGAAGUCAGAAAGCUGGUGCAAUUUUAUUCCUUUUAAAUCAGAACUUGUGCUUGGGAUUAUUCUGUAAAACUUGAAAUCAACAUUGGAGUAAGAAUUAAGAUAUGCAGUUGCUUAAAAAGGCAUGCCAUAACACAAGAGUUCAAUUUAUUUAAGUAAAACAUUAAAAUUUAAUAUAAAAAAACUCACAUUAAAAUACACAAAAUGUAAAACAAGAAAUUCUGAGGAAUUAUGGGUCCUAAUCACUGUCUUGUGGACUUUUCAGGAAAACAUGUAUUAAUUUGAGACAUAUUCAAAUUAUAAACAUCCCUAUAUUAAAACAAUUUAAAAUCGUCUUCGUCAAACAGGAACAAUUCUUUUUAUUGUUAUAGUAAUUAGCCCCAUUUUCUAAUCUCAGCUCUGUCUUCCACUAACGAGCGAGCUCAUUUAGACGCUCUGGGAAUAUGUCCAGACUUCGGUUCACUCACCUUCACAGCACGAGUAUUGAAUCGAAUGGUCUCUUGAGGUGCCUUCCAGCUGUACCGUGUUCUUGUUCCAAGAGCAAAUAUUGUCGGAGGUGGAAGGGGCCACCGGAAAUUGAAAUUAUAUAUGAGGAGAAAUGAUGAAAAAAAAGGAUGAGACAAACACAUGUAAAAACUAGUUCCAGCACAGAGGCUGUCAAAUUUUGAAUUCAAAUUCUGAAUUGUUAUAGAAACACUUCAUAACAUAUAUUUAUGUUAUAAGAUUUAGACUAGAUUAGAUGCUAUAAAAUAUCUGCUCAGUGUAGUAGGGAAAAAUAUUGAUACAGAUGGCUUUCUGAUCCGACACUAAAGAGUUGGUUUAAAUUACUUGACUGGCUGUUUUAGUUCCUCAGGACCUUAAGUACAGACUCAGCCUCAGAUUUCGAGCUUCUAUUGUAGGCACAGAAGAUUGCUCCUGAAAGUGCUUAAUUUCCUCAUAAAAGACUAGUUCUCUAUUAAUACAAAGUUCUCUUAAUUGCAGACUACUCAAACCGUUUUAGUAUCUGUUUUUCUCCAGAAGCAUUUUUCUGUUACAACAUAUAUAAAUAUAAUUUACUUAGAUGCAAAUUUCAUUUUUCCUAAAUCGAAAUCAGAAAAAUGAUUCCUUUAAAGGGUGCUAUGUAGACCCUACAUUUGUAUUCAGUUUAGCUGGAGAAGGCACAAAGGAAAGAAAGGAGACGGCAGGGAGAAUUAGAAGGGAGGAGGGAAUGACAGUAGUCCUGGCAUUUAAAUUCUUAGCUGAGAAUGAAGAAUCUGAGAAGUAUUUGAGUUCAGUAUUUUGAGGUCAAAAGGAGAGAUGCAAAGAGGCUUCAUUAUUCCUUUUUCUUUCAGAAUAUUUCAGGAAGACACCUAAAAAAAAACUUCGUUUGUUCAACAUCUCCAAAAUUUCUAACAUGUACCUCUUCAUCUGAUUUUUUCCCUUUUUUAAUACAAACCAUAGCUUUACAAUCUGUACAUAAUUAUGCAUCUAAGAUAUUUGUAUGCUUCAAAUUUUACAUUAACCAGGAGAUCUGAGAUUUCGAUACCCCAAAUCUCUGUAAAGGGAGCCGGGAGUUCCGGUUCUAGUUCCAUCCCCACCUGUAUGUGACCCUAAGGAAUAUAUUUAAUUAUCUUGGUCACAGUUCACUUACCUGUGAGAGGGUUACAUCAGAGCUAGAGGUUUUCAUUGGUUACUUUCAUCUUUAAAUUUUGCUAAUUCACUUAAGAAAAGAACAGUCUUGAGUUCUGUAGCCUAGUCUGAACCAACAUUAUUGAUCUCCUUUACCUUAACCUGUUGCUUCUAAGUGUUGAAAUGCAGAUCUUUCCAGCAUCCUGCCCCCUGCUCCUUUUUCUAUACCUCCUUUCUUGCUCUUACCAUUGAACAUUAAUGUCCCUUUCAGGAAAUCACACUUCAUAAACAGGCUCUAGUAAUAUGGUUGACAAUAAAAAGGAAAAGAAUGUAUUUGGGUCUUACUAAAAGGGACUAUUGAGGAAAUUAAUAGAAAUAUUUACCAAAUAUUAAGUCUCUGCUUCUCAUUCUAUUACUUAUCUCCAUCAAACUAAAAAGCACUGGUCUUUUGAAGAAAAGGUCAUUUGAUCACAAAGGCCAAUAGCUGAAUUUUUUAUAACAGUUUCCAUUCAAAAUUCCUACAUAUUCUGCUAUCCAAAUUACUCAAUUGGACAGUGCCUCAUUUUAUAAAACUUGCAUUUUGAUACAGUAUAACUCCUACAAAACUGUGUCAUUCCAAACUUGGUAUUGCUGUUUGAGGCAGCAAUAGAUAGAGAGCAGGAGAGUGUUUAAUGCAUUUAAGUGCUCUAUUUUGUAACAACGUCAAUAUCAUAAUGUUAAAGUAUAAAAAUAGUUGAAGAUAUCUAAUGGACAAAUUCUCUGUAUAGCCAUCAAAGCUAAAUUCACAUUUGAGUUUCAUAGGAGUGGGGUUUGUCACUUCCUUGUAGCUUUGGUCUAGUUAGAAUUCCUCAUGUGACCCUAUUUAAAGACACCUGGAGAAAUUCUUUUCUCUUUGUACUGGUGUAUAUUAUAGUAAUGAAUACUGCAAAAUAUCAUUAUCACAAAGUAAAAUAAUAUUGUUAUUCUUUUAAAACAAUCGUAAAUGAAUGAUUUCAUUGAACACUGUUAUUCAUAUUGUUUCAUACUGCAGUUCAUUUAAUUUAAAUGUCAAAGACCAAAGACUGGGAUUUUUAUUGUAUUUAACUCUACAAUACCGCUGCUUCUCCUCAUUUAUUCAAACAAAUAGGAGGGCUGAAUAAUUAUAACAUGAGGCAGUAAACAUCCUGCAUGCAGGAUUCUGAGCUGUAGAUCAUUAAUUAAUUGGUUUUAGAAGGAAAAUUUUGUUAGUGUAGGCCACUCACCUUUUAUACAUGCCAAAUAAACUCCUUGACAUUCAUGAAACCAGUAUAUAAAGACUAUAUCCCAAAAUGGGCCCAGGAUGGACUUACUCAACUAGGUUUAAACUUUCAUUGCUUGCUAAAAAUUCUUGGGAGAAUAUCAUUAACCUAAGAUACUUCUAGAAACAGAGGGCUAUUUUUUAAGUACUGAUUGAGAAAGUUCCUCUCUUUGAGAAAGUCAAGGAAAUACAUUAAAGGAAAUGAGGUAUAAUGAACUGCUACUCUUUUGUUUUUUGCCAUCUCGGUAUCUCAUUUGUUUGAAUAUUGAUAAAUAAAAGCCAAACAGGGUUAAAGCUGUGCAAGGACAUUCAUGAACAAUGGAGGUAAUGUAAUUUCAAGUUAGCGUGUCUCGUUAUUUAUACAAUUCUUUAAACCAGGUCCACUACUCGUUUAUUUUGUUUUGUAACUUUCAUGUAAAUGUUUUCUUGUAUAUAGAGAUAUAUGAAAAAAAUGAAACUAUUUUCUUACACAUACUAUGCAAUAUGUUUGUAAAAUUGCAAUAUUACCAAAAUGACAAAAGCUGUGCUUUUGUACUCUAUCUUGCUUUAUGUAAAACCAGUCUUUUUCUAUUUAGAUGGACUAUCUGUCCCAUAAACUGUAGAUAACAGAUCUAUCCCCAAAGCAGUCUGUUGUAUCUUUUGGUUAAUUUGGGGUGAUUUGGGUUAUUUUUCUUUUGGGGAAAAAAAAGCCGUAGUUUGGCAGUUGGAAAUGUUUUUUUCCCCACAGAUGAGACCUUUGAAGCAUGCAAUUAGCUCCUAUAAUUUAAGAUCUUUCCUGUAAUUCUUGUAUUUUGUCCUCAUUUUGGUGCUACUGUGUAACCAUGAUUAAAUGUGAUAGUCAAAUCAAAGAGGAUGAAAAGGUAUAUGCUAUUAUUUCAUUCUUUGAGAAAACUAGUUCGAAAAGGAGGGAUAUGAUUUUAGUAGUGAAUGGAGAGCCUCUCAAUUAUGUGUUUUAAAUACCAACUCUGUUAAGAUACACGCUUUUAAAAAUGCAGUUUAAUGUGUAUAUUUAUACUUGAUAAAGAUGCAUCUCUUACGAAAAACUUAUACUGUUCCUCUUAAACAUAUGACUAAUGAAAUUCAAGAAAUGGCAUUG